AUCUUUGUCCUACUCCUCCUCUUCUCUCUCUUUCUUCCAAGCCUUCAUUUACUGGUUUUUUCAUAUUUUCGUGGAUCCCCACCAUCUAUUCUGCCUCCUUAGAAAUCAACUCUCUUUUCUCUGUUCCAACUCACUACUCUCACCAAUAAAAAUCUCAAAUUUUAAAAAUCCCGUUUGUUCUUUCCAUCAUUUGAUGCAGCAUUCCUAAUCUUUCGCGUGCCAUUUUAAAGCAACCCUGAAAUAAGGAAGACAAAAGCUUUGCAUGCGUCAGCAUUUACCCUCUAAAGUAGUUUCAGAAUGAUGACGAAUGGAUCCCAGAGCAAUGACUGGAGUUGGAGGAAAACCAGCUUCUCCGUUUCAACGCUUUCUCUAGCGCCUUUAUCUUCAUAAUCCUCUUCAGAUACCAAUCUUCAGCCGCUGACUAAUAAAAAAGGGGAGGUUCCUAACUCACAUGCAGUGAAGCCUUAGCUGACACUCUACCCCUUUUUUUGAAUUGACCGUUGUAUAUAUUGUAACACAAAUCAAUCACAUCUCAUCUCAGUGCAACCAUUUUGUGACAAUUCAGUUAGUUCAUCCUUAUACGAAAUCAUUGAGGUUGUGAUUCCACCAUGGCAACAAAGAUUAAAGGGAUCUACAAAGGUUUCAAAUACAUUACCCAAUUAUUUGUUGUGAAGGAGCGAGAAAUGGAAAUUGGGUAUCCGACAGAUGUUAAGCAUGUGGCUCACAUCGGAUGGGAUGGACCCUCCGGGACUGGGCCCAGUUGGAUGAAUGAAUUUAAGAUGGCCCCUGAUUUUUCAACAUCAAUUGGUAGUUUGAGUGAACGAAGAGACCCAAGGCCCAAUCCUAUGCCUAUCGCCACAUCAUGCUCCACCCGAGAUUUUGAAGAGCCCACAGAAAAUCAACCAACGCCAAACAUUUAUCAAGGCAUUCCACCUGAUGGGGUUGCUCAAGUUCUUAAGAAGCAUAAGCGAAAUAAGACGAAGUCAACUACCUCUUCCAAAUCUUCAUCUACUUCAUCAAGGCAAUCAAAAGCAGCAAGGUCAAAGGCUAUGUAUUGCGAGAGAGAACCAACACCAAUAGCUCAACUCUAGAAUGUUCAAGACAAUGAAGUUGGUUUAGGGAAAAAUAUUUGGCAAUGCGAAUGGCAAAAGCUAUGCCCUUAUUGGGGGACGUUAGGGAAAGAAAGGAAAAAGAGCGAGCUAUUAAAAAUCCCAUGGUGUUUAGUAAAUCCUAAUCCACUUAGAGAGAAACCAAAUUACUUGCUAACGGGAUAGGACAAAUACAGUUAAAAAGCAAUUGUUGUUAAUAGGGUGAUUGGUUGUGUGCGGGUGUUUGGUUUUAUGUGAAUCAAAUCUAUGUAUACCUUAAAUUUAUAGGUCGUAUUGUCAGUUUUGCAGAUUAAAUGAAU